GUCCAUCCAAGUUUAGCUUCUCAACAGUCCGGGCCGCGAUCCGCCGCCACGUCGUCCCCGAAGUCGGCCCUUUGCUGCGGCGCGCGUCCCGCAUCCUGUCCUCACCGUUCACCGCGACGUCCAUGAUAUGACCAAGCUCGCACUUCCGCUCCCUACCGACCUCUCGAAGGCGACGGUCAACAACACCGCGUCGUUGCUGCGCAUCGUCGCCUUCGCCCUCAUCUCGGGCGCGGCUAUAGCCUCGCGCUUGUUCGCGGUCAUCAACUAUGAGAGUAUCAUCCACGAAUUUGACCCUUGGUUCAAUUACCGGGCGAGCAGGGUGCUAGCUUUCAAGGGCUUCUAUGAAUUCUGGAAUUGGUUCGACCCCACGGCAUGGUAUCCUCUCGGCCGUGUCGUUGGCGGUACCGUGUACCCAGGUCUUAUGGCGACUAGCGGCGUCAUCUACAACUUCCUGAAGGCCAUAAACCUCCCCGUCGAUAUCCGUAACAUCUGUGUUCUCCUUGCCCCCGGCUUCAGUGCUCUCACAGCAUGGGCGACCUACAUGUUCACGAAGGAGAUGAAGGACGAGAGCGCAGGGCUGCUCGCGGCCGCUUUCAUUGGCAUUGUCCCCGGCUACAUCUCGCGCUCCGUCGCCGGCUCGUACGACAACGAGGCCAUCGCCAUCUUCCUUCUCAUGUUCACCUUCUACUGCUGGAUCAAGGCCUUGAAGCAGGGUAGUGCGCUCUUCGGGACGCUCGCCGCCGUGUUCUACUUCUACAUGGUAGCCGCGUGGGGUGGCUACGCUUUCAUCACCAACAUGAUCCCCCUUCACGCGCUGGCGCUCAUCCUCAUGGGACGCUACAGCAGUCGCCUCUACGUCGGCUACUCCUCCUGGUAUGCGAUCGGUACACUUGCCAGUAUGCAGGUGCCCUUCGUCGGCUUCCAGCCUGUCAAAACCAGUGAGCACAUGGGUGCGCUGGGUGUCUUCGGUCUCCUUCAACUCGUCGCAUUUGCGCAGCUCGUCCGCUCGCAUGUCUCCUCGAAGCAGUUCAAGGACAUCCUCUUCUUCUCCCUCGUCGCGAUGGGUGUCCUCGGCGCCAGCGCCUUCGUCUUCCUCACCUACAAGGGCUGGAUCGCCCCGUGGACGGGCCGCUUCUACUCCCUCUGGGACACCGGCUACGCGAAGAAGUACAUUCCCAUCAUCGCGUCCGUCUCCGAGCACCAGCCGACCGCCUGGCCGUCGUUCUUCAUGGACCAGCAGAUGCUCAUCUUCCUCUUCCCGGCGGGUGUCUUCAUGUGCUUCCGCGCGCUCCGUGACGAGCAUGUCUUCGUCAUCAUCUACGCCGUCGUGGCAAGCUACUUUGCGGGCGUCAUGGUCCGGCUGAUGCUCACGCUCACCCCGGUCAUUUGCGUGUCUGCCGCCGUCGCGUUCUCGUCGCUCAUCGACGUCUACCUCGACAUGGCGCAGGCGGACCCCGUCGAGGACGAGGAUGUCCCCGCAGCCGUCGACGACGUGACUUCAGCAACGAAGAGCGCCCCCGCGAACGGUACCCCGAGCAAGCAAAAGGCGAAGAAGGCCGCCGCUGCUGCGUCGUCCGACCAGGGCAGCGUCUUCAACACCAUCAUCAACGUCACCAAGAAGGCUAGCACCUCCACCUCUGGCCUCGUCGUCGGCAUCCCCGCGCGCGCGCCCGUCAUCAUGAACACCAUCCUCAUGCUGCUCCUCUUCGUCCAGCACUGCACGUGGGUCACCUCGAACGCGUACUCUUCACCCUCCGUCGUGCUCUCGACGCAGAACCAGGACGGCAGCAAGCACAUCAUCGACGACUUCCGCGAGGCGUACUACUGGCUCCGCCAAAACACGCCGCAGGAGUCCGUCGUCAUGUCCUGGUGGGACUACGGGUACCAGAUCGCGGGCAUGGCGGACCGCACGACGCUCGUCGACAACAACACGUGGAACAACACGCACAUUGCGACGGUGGGCAAGGCGAUGUCGAGCUCGGAGGAGGUCGCGUAUCCGAUUUUGCGGAAGCAUGAUGUGGACUACGUGCUCAUCAUCUUCGGUGGCUUGAUUGGCUACUCGGGCGAUGAUAUUAACAAGUUCCUGUGGAUGGUGCGCAUUGCGCAGGGCGUGUGGCCGGAGGAGAUUCAGGAGCCGAACUACUUCGACCGUGGGGAGUACCGCGUUGAUGAGCGCGCGUCGCCGACGAUGAAGAACAGCUUGAUGUACAAGAUGACCUACUACAGGUUCCCUGAACUCUUCGGCACGCACCAGGCCGUAGACCGUGUUCGUGGACAAGUCAUCCCCAAGCAGGGCCCGACGCUCGACUACCUUGAGGAAGCCUUCACCUCAGAAAACUGGAUCGUCCGCAUCUAUCAGGUCAAGAAGGAAGACCCGCUGGGCCGCGACCUGAAGAGCGCGAACGCGUUCGACAACGGGAAGAAGCGCAAGCGGACGAAGCCGACGUCGCGGAGGCGGGCGCUCGCGGCGUAAAACGCUACUACUUACUAGACAGUUCGUCUGUACAUGACCGUGUAAUGGACGCUCCUUCAAAGACCUCUAGGAAGCUUCUGGGCGAUUGUAAGCAUGGUGAAAGGGGAGGACCCAUGCGCACCCUCAAGUUGUGACUUCAAAGUGUGACAAUGAUCUAAUUGACGCG